AUGGCCGCACGGCUGGUGGGAAAGUUUGGGCUUUGGGAUCCUCUGGGGCGGGUCAGGAGCUGUGGUCUUCUAGGUCUGGAGAUGCGGUGGGGCCGUUCCAAGGACGAUUCCACGGAGGCCCAGCAGGUGAACUUACGCGAGUGCGUCGGCAUCAUCUACGGCCCAAUGACCACCACGUUCCAGAACUGUACCGCCCGUGAAGAUCCCGACUGGAGCUGCUUCAGUCUCCUCUUCAUGGGGCGAACGCUGGACUUGUCUGUCUCUGGAGACCGUCAAAUUCAUGCCUGGAUCCUCGGGCUGCAGCACCUUGCUUUCCUCCACGGUGUUGGGUCCAUGCCGGUGAUGACCGGGGCUCAGUUCUACGCGCGGAAGGUGCAGUACAAGCUGACGGCUCUGGCGCACCAGAACGGCUACGUCUUCAGCCGAUAUUUGAUCAUGAAGGUGAAGGAGGCCAAAGAAUCUGCCUCCAGAGCGGCGUCUGAUCCGAAACCUGCUGGGCUGAAAGGUUUGGGCCCGGGGGCCUUGGUCUCCGGCGGUGCCCUCGCGAAGCCGAUGCAGCUCCUGUCGCCUAUUGACUUCAAAGCCAAGAAGGACAAGAAGCGGGACAAGAAUGAGGAAGCUGACAGCGACGCGGCCAGCCGCCUUCUCUCUCUCAAGACGAGGGUGCUGCAACUCCAGGCCGCGCUGCGAGAGCGCACGGCGCAGGCAGACGCUGGCGAAGCGAUGCUGCAGAAAGCGGCUGCCGGGAAGCUUCCCUCAGCGUCCGAGGAGCUGCAGAAGGAGCUGCAGCAGAUCGCGCUGGAGGUGAUUCAGCGACGGUGUAAGCUUUUGGAAGCGGAAGCCCAGCGCGUCACGGAGUCCAACGACCAGCUGGCGCCGGAGGUAAAGGCAGCGGACAAAUCACAGCGGUCGCUCAAGAAGCUGCAGGCAAAGCUCGAAGACCGCGAAGCUGCAAAGCUGGCCCUGGAGAAGGAGCUGGGCACGGCAUCAGCGUGCGUGAAGGUCCAGAGUGAGAGGCAGAAGGUGUCAUCCCAGGCGGAGGUCCAAUCCCAGGGACGCCAGAAGGAGCUGCAGAAGCGCGUGCAGGAGCUGGAAGCAGAGCUCCAGGGUGCACAGGCCAAGGAGCACGCGGAGAAGGCCGCCGAGCAGAACAAAAAGCACGACGAAGCCAUCGCCAAGGCCGAGCAGGAGAAGCUGCAUCUCAGCCAGCGCCUCGAGGAGGUGAAGCUGCAGCACGCGCAGGUGCUGGAGGCAGAGAAGAAGGCCAUGCAGCGGCUCGCCCUUCGCCAGAAGGCGAACGAGUCGGUCGAGACAGCCUUGGCACCCCUGAAGGCCCUGCCGCAGCAACUUCGGGAGGAGCAGACUAAGCUUCGAGCCGAGGUGAAGGAGAUGGGCCAGACUUUUGUCGGGGAGAUCGCCAAGAUGGUGGAUGGAACGAACAAGCUGAAGGAGCGGGCGAAGUCCCUUGAGGAGAAGUACAAAGCUGCCUUGGAGGAUCGCAAGAAGCUGCAAGACACUGUCGCUGAGCUGCAGGUGCCAAGCUUUGACGCAGUCAAGAGCUCACAGUCUGACGUCCUUUUCGGCGGCUGA